ACUAUAAAUAGGAGGGAUGGAGCCAGCAGAGAUCAGAUUCUCUCUACAGAGACCUGGACAGCACAGAGAUCCAGACAUGGCCCCGACAAUCACUGCAGCGAUGACCAGUUCUCAGGAGCACCUGACUCUGACCCACAAGCUCAGAAAGCCUCUGGUGGAGAAGUUACGCAGAGAGCGAAUCAACAGCAGCAUUGAGCAGCUCAAGUCUCUCCUGGGUCCAGAGUUCCUCAAACAGCAGCCAGACUCCAAGCUGGAGAAAGCAGACAUCCUGGAGAUGAGAGUUUGAUGACAGAAGAGUCCAGUCAACAGCGCCCCCUGGAGGUCGUGGUAGACACCUACACAUUGGAGUUACUACCAGACAAACUGAGACGACCACAUUGGUCAAAGAUCACUGGAAGUGGUUUCUAUGACAUUUCAUAGACUUGUUCUUCUGUAUGAACAGAAGGUUGUGUGUUGGAUUUUUUUCAACAUGACAUUUCUUAAAGAAAUGACAGAAACAAUAUCUUUCAAGUUAAGAAAGAGAACAUCUUGUCAUGCAUGUUGCAUGAAUCAAAUCUGAUUACAUCACUAAUUAUUAUUAUACCUCACUGUACUUCAUGUACUGGUACUGUUAUAAUGCCAUGGUAACAUUAGUUACCUUUUUACUGGUAUGGGUUUCUUUGAAAUUUUAUAGACUUGCUCUUUUUUAUGAACAGACGCUAUUUAUUGCAUAUCAGACUCUCUUGUUGAAAAAAAAAAUUCCUAGGGAAAAGUAAAAUAUUGAAAUACAAUCGUUCAUGUUAAGGAAGAGCAACAUUAAUAAAUAGUUCAGUCAAAUCAAAAGUAAUAUAAACGAGGUGUAUCUUACAUUCUGGUGAUACAGUGUGUGAUGAAAAAAUGUACUAAUUCAGUGUGUCAGUGAUCAUUUUGGUCUGUGGACAUAUAAUAAUGUCUUUGAUUGUUCAGCACUGAACUGUUAUGGGUCAAUGUGUAUUUUUAGCCUUUUUUCUGAGAGGUUUGCUUAUUAAUCAGGUCCUGUCUCAGACUGUUGUAAUGCUUAACUUGUUUUGUCUCUGAUGGUAGUGAAUUAACAUAGCUGGAUAUUAACUGUAGAGAUGUCAGUUUUUCCUCUUUCAUUCUUGUUGUAAAGUGCAAAUGUCUGUGUUAAAUAAUGAUUUAUAUGACACUGGGUGUUGAUUUAUCUCAUAGUGUCCCUGUCUUUUGUAAAGACGACUGUUCCUCUUCUCAUUUUGAGCCUUGGAGUUGGUACCAAGAUAUUGUUGUGAUGUGUCAUCACAUCUCUCUGACUGCAGCUGAAAAUUUCAA